AUGCAUGCCAACGGUAGUAGCAGCAAGCGUCUGCCUGGGCGUCUUUUUUCUGGAGCACGCAAAACGAUUGCUCGCAAGGUCCUCGUAGCCAAAUUUGACAAACCGCAAGCCGCGCUUCAGCAGACAUGCCACUCUCAAAGCCAGCCCAACAACUCCGAGCACGCUCAAAACCCAGAGCGACAAGCCGCAGCAACGUACCCAAACAACGGCCUGCAGCAACACAACUCGUCCCCGCUCUACGAAGACGCUACCAAAAAACCGACGACCUUGGCCAGCCGGGAAUACACACGCGCAGUCGAAUUACAGUUGACGCUAAUUCAAGGUGACGAUUCAAUGCAGCGCCAACUUCGUAUUUGGGAACGAUUCGCACACACUGCAUGGGAUUCCCCAGCCUCAGAAAAGGCGCAGCGACGCAGACGCGCAGCAACAAGCGGAAGCAGCCCCGGCGCGCAGGACGUGCAGCCAGCGAGGACGCAUUUCGCACCGGGGAGACGCCCAGAGGAUCCAGGGCUGCCUACGCCGUGA